UCCGCGCGGCGGCCCGGUGACGCAGUUUGUCCUCAGUGUCGAGCUGCGGAGCUGUGUCGUCUUCGGCGCCUUCGAAGUUUCUUUUUAUUUCUUUCUCUUCUUCCCUCCCCCGCACCCCCCACCCCAUCGGCUUUCUUUAUUUCCCGUAUUUAUUUUCUUCGGAAGCAGUUUGUGCGUUUGAGGGAAGAAAAGCGCGGGCGAAAGAGUCGCGGAGCACAAAGACAACCCGACCACCAUGGCGUCCAACGAUUACUCCCAGACUGCGCCCCAGGGGUACGGCGCGUACGGCGGGCAGGCCAGCCAGGGCUACAGCCAGCCGGCCACCCAGGCCUACAGCCAGCAGGGCUACGGGGGCUACAGCCAGGGCACCGAGAGCAACACCGCCCCCUACAGCCAGGGCGGCUACGGCUCCACUUACGGCCAGUCGCAGACCGGUGGCUACGGAGCCCAGCCCCCCUCUCAGGGGUAUAACCAGUCCAGCCAGUCCUACAGCUCAGGGGGCUACAGCAGCAGCCAGCCCCCCCAGAGCAGCUACAGCCAGCAGUCUUCCUACCCUGGUUAUGGCCAGCAGCCGUCCACUGCCACCUCUACAACUAGCUACGGCAGCAGCUCCCAGAGCGCCACCUACGGCCAGCCCCAGAGCGGGGGCAGCUACGGCAGCCAGCAGGGCGGCUACGGCGGGGGCGGCCAGCAGCAGCAGAGCCAGCACGGCGGGGGCGGCGGCGCCCCCUACAGCCAGCAGCCCAGCUACAACUCCCCCCCGCCGCAGAGCUACAGCCAGCAGGGCCAGUACGGCCAGGGCGGAGGGUACGGCCAGGACGCCCCCCCGAUGGGCGGCGGCGGCGGUGUCGCUCCUCCCAACCACAACACAAAAAACUGCGCCGGCUUCUGGGAGUGCUGCGCUCUUGAGGGCGAGGGGGAGGACUGUCCACUCGAGGCUCUCACCGGCGAAGACUCCUCUCUGUCGGGGGGAGGGGAUCAUGGAGGGGGCUGCUCUUCCGUCAGACGGAUGGCAACGGUUGUGAGGGCGGAGAGGCCGAACCGCUGGAUCGCCGUCUCCAUGCGGACGCAGGCGCGGACGCGUCUGGUCCCGCCGCGGCGCUUCUCUGGCCCCGAGACGGGACCGUCCUCGGGGAGGUCCAGCGCGGGCGUCCCCUCGACGCGUGGGGGGCUGGGAGAAGCGCCGGCGGGGGUUGAGGUCCGAUUUCUCCUUCGGCUGGCGGUGUGGAUGGAGCGAGUGGAAGGGGGGAGGCGGGUGGCGAAUGGGGGCGAGGGUGUGGGCUGGGACCCAGAGACCAGGGACCUGGGGGCCCCAACCCAAAUCAAUAAGAAGACUGGUCUGCCCAUGAUAAACCUGUACACCGACAGGGAGACGGGGAAACUGAAGGGCGAGGCCACUGUCUCUUUUGAUGACCCCCCCUCGGCCAAGGCGGCUAUCGACUGGUUUGAUGGAAAGGAGUUCAACGGGAACCCGAUCAAGGUGUCGUUCGCCACGCGCAGGGCUGACUUCGGGAGGGGAGGCGGCAACAUGAGGGGAGGCCGUGGCCGAGGAGGGCCCAUGGGCCGCGGCGGCGGCGGCUUCGGAGGGGGCCGGGGCGGCGGGUACCCCAGCAACAACGGAGGCGGAGGAGGAGGCGGCGGCCAGCAGAGGGCGGGAGACUGGAAGUGCUCGAACCCGGUCUGCGGGAACCUGAACUUCUCCUGGAGGAACGAGUGUAACCAGUGCAAGGCGCCCAAGCCGGAGGGCGUGGGGGGGCUGCCCCCGAUGGGAGGUGGAUUUGGGGGUGACCGAGGGGGCCGCGGGGGCUUCGACCGAGGAGGGUUCCGUGGGCGAGGAGGAGACCGGGGGGGCUUCAGGGGGGGCCGCGGUGGCGAGAGAGGCGGAUUCGGGCCGGGCAAGAUGGACGGCAGGGGCGAGCACAGACAGGACCGCCGGGACCGGCCGUACUGACCGCCUCUCCGAGAUCCCGGGACCAGUAUCCCCCCCCACCGCCCUCCUCUGUAGUUACCCCCCUCUUUUUUUUUUUAUACCGCGUGUUUUUAAGUUGUGGCUCCAGAACUUUUCGUCCAGACGUCCGCUUUGCCGAUGUUCAGUGUUUUGUAAACUUGCUGGUUUUUAAUUUUCCCGCUGUUUUGGAACAGCUGCGCGAAUCAGUUGAAAAAAAUAAACUGACGUUUAAAACUCG